GCCGAGCCUGAUGGACGCCCGCCACCUUGAGACUGAAGAUGUGCUCCUCGAAGACGAGGAGAUGAUCCUCGAAGACGAAGUCACGGAGGAGUAUGAGCUCGGCGACGUGCCAGAUGAGGACGACGACAUGGAGGUCGACGGCGACGACGAUGGCGAGGCGGAUGUCUCGGCCGAGAUUGUCGACGACGCCCGCAUGGUGUUUCGCGGCCACAACGGCCCUGUGUACGCCAUUAGCGUCCACCCGCUCGACAAGAACAUUGUGCUCAGCGGCGGCGGCGACGACGUCGGCCUGAUCUGGAGCAUCGAAGAUCUCUCGAUCAAGCACGUGCUCAAGGGCCACACCGACUCGGUGGUCGCCGUCGGCUUUAGCUGCGAUGGUGUGCUCGCCGCGACCGGCGGCUACGAUGGUAUCGUCAAGGUCUGGAACGUGCAGACCGGCGCGCUUCUCCAUACGCUCGACGGUCCGUCGCAGGAGAUUGAGUGGAUUAAGUGGCACGCCAAGGGCAACGUUCUCCUCGCGGGCUCGGGCGACGGCACGGCGUGGAUGUGGCUCGCGGCCACGGGCGAAUGCAUGCACGUGUUUGCUGGCCACGAAGACAGCAUCACGUGCGGUUCGUUCACGGGCUCGGGCAAGAUGAUCGCGACUGGGUCGGCCGACUGCACCGUCCGUCUCUGGAACCCCAAGACGGGCGAGUGCGCGCACGUCUUCCGCGGCAACGAGUUCCACGAAGGCCCGAUCUGCAACGUGCUCUGCCACCCCAAGCAGCCCGUCAUGAUCUCGUGCUCCCAAGACGGCACGGCGCGCCUUCUCCACAUUCAAAACAAGCGCCAGCUCGCCGUCUUCUCGCACGCGACCAACGAAGCGGCAGCUGGCACGAUUGCGGCCGACGAUUCGAUGGCCGUCAACUCGGUCGAGUGUGCUGGCUUUUGCAACACGCUCAACUGGUGCGCGACCGCCGACUUGGGCGGCGAGCUCCGCAUUUGGGACCUCGCGACUUACCAGUGCCGCCACGUGUGCCGCCACGAAGCCGGCGUCAUCAAGCUCAUGUGGCACCCGACCGAGCCGUUUGUGUACACGUGCACGGUGGACGGUAUGAUUCACGUGUGGGACGCGCGCAGCGGCCAGCUCCAGCGGUCGCUCUCGGGCCACCAGGAAAUGAUCCUGGACAUGGACCUUAUCGUCCGCAACGGCAUGCUUGCCGAUCUCGUCACGGCCAGCGACGACGAGACGGUGCGGAUAUUCAGCCUCGAAUAAAGCCGCGUCAAGGCCACUUUUGAACGAGA